AUUCAACUUGAGUUGCAUGGAGCCUAUCAGACUGGAGAAUGAAGAUCUCUACAGUGGUAACAGCUCUCCUGACUAGCGUCUUCUUUGGAGAUGUUUGCUCCGCUAUCAACGUAACAGUCACUCCAUCUCCAUUCACGUUGGUGGCUGAGGGGGAUAACGCCACCUUGUCUUGUCAGGUGACCCAACGGCGCAGGUCAGUAAGCCUGCCCGUUGUACGCUGGAUGUUCCUGCCUGAGUGUGGAGGAGAGGAACUACUGGUGGCCAGAGUUAACAUGCAGAAAGCAAAGUUCUACGGAAACUACACCAAGAGCUUCCACAAGCCCAAAAUAAAUUUGACAGUGGUGAAACAGGGCAAGAUGUAUAACCUCCUCAUCUUGAACAUCACAGAGAAGGACAGGGGUCUUUACAGCUGCAGGGUUCAGGAGUUUAAGAAGCAUCAGGAACGUUGGAAAGCUUUAACCAACAGCUCAGCCUCCACACAGCUCAGAGUUCAUAUUCUCCCAGCUGCUAGACCAAAGAAAGAACUCUGGAGUCUGUUUGAAGAUGUGUAUCUGUGUGCAGUCCUGGUUUGUUGUGUUGGGCUUUUGUGCAUGUGCAUGUUCACUUUAGCUGUGAGCUGUAAAUAUCUGCAGAGGAAGAGACGUUUAAAAGAAAACUAUCAUUUGGUCAAGAGCCCACAGAACAGCUCAGGAGAGACAGUCACUAGUUUAGUCAGCCUGUCCCCGGCUCUUCCAAAAAAGGAGAGAAAGUACAAGAAAAAGAAAAUCACGGAACAGCCAGAUGUGCCACCAGAGAUUCCGGCUAAAGCCCCUAUUGCAGACAAAAUCCGAAAGCCAAAGCUUUUAAAACCUCAACCCAGGAAAGUGGUUUUGCCCAAAAUUGCAGAGGAGAGUCUGACAUAUGCUGAACUUGAACUGAUGAAGCCAUUGCCCGAUGCCAAAACUGCAAAGACAGGAACUGUGUAUGCUCAAAUACUCUUUGAGGAUAAGCAAGUCUAGCAUUAACUCCAUUUUCUUGGUAAAAAAAAUAUUAUUUAUAAAAGCUCUAUAUUGAUUUUUGUCAUCACCGACACCGUUUUUUUCUGUAUAUGCAUAUUUCUUUCUAUCUGUGCUGACUCUCCAAAUGUUUAAUGUUUAUGUGUAAUAUAUAUGUAAAACUGGACACUAAGCAAAUGUACAGUAGACAGAUAAUUCUAAUCUGAAAAUACAUUAAACAUAAAAAUACAUUUUUGAGCUUAACUUGUGUUGGACCCAAAACAUACUGUAGCUUUACAUCUGAUGUUUCACACAACUGAGAACAACUGAGUAGCUGAGGAGCCAACAAGUCUCAGACAAAAACACUCCUGUUAUCAAACAAGCCUUCAGAUCUGUGUCCUAUCCCUGUGGAUGAACUCCCUAUUGUAAAUGUGUCCAAAUCAGUCAACAACAAAACAAAAGCAUCUGUUGCAUAAUGUCCAUUACCAUAUCAAAAAUCACAUUUACACUAAUGCACUUACAAUGGAUGUCUGGAGCAUGUAUUUUUGGAUUUUGGAGGGUUUAAAAGUAGAAAUGUGAAUUAUAUAUAUAUAUAUAUAUAUAUAUAUACACUCACCUAAAGGAUUAUUAGGAACACCUGUUCAAUUUCUCAUUAAUGCAAUUAAUAAAAACAGUGCUUUGCAAAUAUUUACAUCGUGUCCUCUAGGGUAGUCUUGCACAUUCAGUGUAGAAGUCACCAGGUUAACCGAAUUUACAUAGUCAUGAUAAGAGUAAAAAAAUGAAGCAAGCAUAGAAAUUUGCACAGCAAACAUUAGGAAGUGAUUUAUUACAUUUGUGUAAUGUUAAUGCCUGAAACAAAUAUUAUGUACAAAUGUAUUCUAGUGUAAUGUCUUGCUUCAUUGUACAGUGCAUUAAUGUAAAAGUGUUUUUGUUUAUUUUACAAACUGAGGGAUGGGAGUUGAAAGAAUUUUCUGUGGUAAUAAAAAAAAAAAAAACAUUUGAGCUUAACUUGUGUUGGACCCAAAACAUAGCUUUACAUUUGCAGAAUUCGCUUACGCCUGUUUGUUUGUUUUGUUUUGUUUUGUUUUUUAUGGCUUCAUGGACUUAAUAAUGGAAGUUAAUGAAACUUGAAUCAUAUGAACCAUAUCUUGAAUGGACAUACAGGCACAACUGAUUUGACCCCUUCAGUGUCAGUCUUUAAAGGAAUAGUUCAUCCAAAAUUGAAAAUUAUUUUAUCAUUUAUACUGUUCCCAGAUGUGUAUGACUUCAUUUAUUUUGCAGAACACAAACAAAGAUUUUUAGAAUAUCUCAGCUCUGUAAGUACUCACAAUGCAAGUGAAUGGUGGCCAGAACUCAGAAGGUCCAAAAAGGAAAUAAAGGCAGCAUAAAAGUAAUC